AUGGCAUAGAUGAUAAUCAAGACAGUUGAAACGGGGGUAAAAGAGGAACUAUUAAUAUCUAAAAUUUCAUUACUUCACGAUCCCAAUGCAAAUUUUAAUUAACUGAGGAACUAGAAAGCAAACUCACUGAAUUAGAAAAACACUAUAAUAUUCACCCUACUCUUAAUCAUUAAGGAAUAUCAAAUGGAGUAAGUGACUCAACUAAUCCAACUCAUGCAUACUAGCAUACAAUAUAUGAUUCGCAUGAGAAUUCACCAUCACAUUAGAAACUCAUAAGUAAACUUACCUGAGAUUCUUAACAAGAGACACUCACUUUUGUAACAAUUCGAUCUAUAGGAUCAGAAUCAACCGAUGUCUCUGAUAUCCUUGGCUAAGACUGUGAGUCCUCAGAAAAUGUUAAUGAAUAAUUUUUAGCAUAGCUAGUCUUAGGUCAUGAAGCUAAAGCUGUAUGAAAGCCUGGCCGUCAAAGAUAAGCGAGAGCAAGAGCAAUUAUAAUUAUAGUACUAUGAGGCUCAUAAAGAUUUCGACUACUAAUUCCCUGAUGUAUAUAGACGUAGUAGUCCAGUUGAGGGCGAGGAUAAGUUGAAAUAAGAGUAAGUAAUCUCGAAAAAGAAAAAAUUAAGAUAGUUAUUGAAAAAAGUUGAGAAAGAGAGUGAUGGUACUAGUGAAAUUGCCUCGGAUUUAUAAGAUAAAGAGGACUAGAAAGUAAUUGAUGAGAAGAGCAAUUUCACAACUGAUUAGAGAUUUUUAUCUAAACAAGCAAGAGUCUUAAAGAAAUUUGCCUAAGGAGCUGUCUCAGUUCAUGAUAGACUUCAAAAUUUUCGUAAAUCUAUUAAAGAGAGCAUUAAAGAAUAGAGGUCUUAGCUAUUAAAAGGAAAAGAAGAGUUAACAGACUAUGUAAAUUGA